GUGCUGUAUCCUGCAGUGACUCUGGCAGUAGCGACAGUUAGGGAAGUUAGUAACAACUACUACAGUAAAGGAGUACAGAACAUUAGUUGCUGUUGGAGAGACACCACACGGAUCAAGCCUUAUAGUCUGGGAAGACCACGAACAGAGUAGGACUUCUGAGGAUAUCCUUCCUUCCCAUCUAUAGUAUCUGGACUGAGGAGGGACUCCACCUGUAACGUUGUGAUUGGGAUUAAGUGAAGGCUCUAACCUGGGUGUGCGCCAUAACGGUGAAACUGGAUGAACACAGGCAGCCUACUGAGAGACCAUGAUGAGGAGGGGAGAGGAGCGAGAGGACAUCACCACUCUCAUCGCCAUGACUAACACUGCAGACCACAACUACGGGAGCAUGGAUACUGGGAUGUCUCAGGUCAGCUCUGGGGACAAAAAUGUGUUCAGCGACGGCAUCACUCGCAUUGACUUUGUGUUAGUUUGGGAGGAGAGUUUAGCUGUGUUGAAGGAUGGCACAUUAGAGAAAGACAAGUCAAGUCACGCCACCCAAGACUCACACAGGAAGUGGAGGGAAGACUUCCUGUCCAGACUUCAAGCAGCCGGCAUCGACCAGGAGAUGCGGGAAGUUCUUCAAGCUAAGAAGAAAAUCUCCUAUGUGCUCCUGAGCGCCCCCUGGAGUGUCCUUUGCUACUAUGCUGAGGAGAUCAGUCUCCGGGUCCCUCUGCAGAUGGUAACCACACCAAACUUCAACUGGUCAGAGAGGAUGCUAGAGAAAAUAAAAAUCCCAAACCUCAUGAGCCAAGACGUGCCCAGCAUGCCCCCGGACUAUUACACCUGCCAGUUUCGCACCAACAAACUGGAAAGGUUUCUGGGCAGUGAGAAUAAGGAGACGUUCUUCAAGACUACCCAAAGACACCAAGUACUGUAUGAGAUUUUAGCACGGACGCCUUAUGGGGCAUUAAAAAGAGGAGAGGUGGGAAUCGAAAGGCUGCUCAGCGAGAAUGCCUUCUCUGCUGCAUACCCCCUGCAUGAGGGUCCAUUUGAGAUGCCCGGGGGGGAGGCGGUGGACUCUCAGUCCUUGAGCAUGAGGCAGAUCCUCCACCAGUAUUGGGCUCGCUGGGCCAGCUGGAAGAAAUACCAGCCUCUGGAUCACAUCCGAGAGUACUAUGGAGAGAAGAUAGCACUGUACUUUGCCUGGCUAGGGUUCUACACAGGCUGGCUGCUCCCAGCAGCUGUGGUCGGAACACUGGUCUUUCUGUUUGGGAUCUGGCUGAUGGUCACUGAUGCGCCAGCGCGGGAGAUCUGUGAGAGCAAGGAUGAGUUUGUCAUGUGUCCUCUGUGCAAAAUCUGCUCCUACUGGAACCUAUCCAGCAUCUGUACCACCUUCAAGGCAGGGCUGUUAUUUGACAAUGGGGGCACGGUAUUCUUCAGUAUUUUCAUGGCUCUAUGGGCUGUCACUUUCCUGGAAUACUGGAAGCGCACCAGUGCAGUGCUGGCCCACCGAUGGGACUGUUCAGAGUUUCAGGAAACUGAGGAGCGCCCAAGGCCAGAGUUCACUGCCACAGCGCCCAUGACCCUGCGGAACCCUGUGACUGGUGCAGAGGAGCCUUACUUCCCAAAGCGACGCCGCUUCAACCGCACCCUGACCGGCGGCAUGGUCAUCAUAAUCAUGGUAUCUGUAGUGCUGAUGUUUGUGGUGGCGAUCAUCGUUUACCGGGUGAUUCUGAGCAUCAUCAUUUACAAAUCUCACAAUGCCUUCUUGAUCUUCUCUGCUGGUCGGAUAGCCAGCCUCACAGGGUCCGUGCUGAACCUUCUGGUGAUCCUCAUGCUCUCCCGGGUCUACAUCUACCUUGCCCAGGUCUUAACGCGUUGGGAGAUGCACCGCACACAGACCAAAUAUGAGGACAUGUUUAUUCUCAAGGUCUUCAUCUUCCAGUUUGUCAACUUCUACUCCUCCCCGGUCUACAUUUCCUUUUUCAAAGGCCGGUUUGUUGGUUACCCUGGCAACUACUACACGCUCUUGGGAAUACGGAAUGAGGAUUGCGGUGCUGGGGGCUGUCUCAUUGAACUGGCCCAGGAGCUACUGGUCAUCAUGGUGGGAAAACAGGUCAUCAACAACAUUCAGGAGUUUAUCAUGCCAAAACUAAAGUCUUGGUGGCAGAAGCGCAAGAUCCAUCCUAAGGUUAGAGCUGAAGAUGAGAAGGGGAAAGAGGGAGGACCGACACAGGAUACUGCACCCUGGGAGACCGACUAUGAGCUCCUGCUGUGUGAGGGACUGUUCGAUGAAUAUCUGGAAAUGGUGCUGCAGUUUGGCUUCAUUACCAUCUUUGUGGCAGCAUGUCCACUUGCCCCACUGUUUGCCCUGAUCAACAACUGGGUAGAGGUGCGUCUGGACGCGCAGAAGUUUGUGAGUCAGUACAGACGGCCCGUAGCCGAGAGGGCUCAGGACAUUGGAAUCUGGCUGGACAUCCUACAAGUUAUCACCUACGUUGCUGUCAUUAGUAAUGCCUUCCUGAUAGCUUUCACUUCUGACUUCCUGCCUCGCCUCUACUACCGCUACAACAAUGAUGGAAACCUUCAGGGUUAUGUUAACUUCACCCUGGGUACUUCCCCAAGCAACUUUAACACCAACAACACACAAUGCAGCAUGUUGUGUUCUUCAUCGGUCGUUUGAUUGACUUCAUGGUCCCUGAUAUACCUGAGGAUGUGGAGAUCAAAAUUAAGAGAGAGCACUACAUGGCCAAGGAGGCCCUGGCUGAGAACGAGGCUUUGGGUAAGGUUGUCGUCCUAGUUGAAAAGGAGAAUCUGUCCACUGAGUUGCGACGCAGAGCCAAACCUCAAACUUCCACAGCGUCUCCACCCCGGGAGAGCAACUCACCACCACCCUUACUGAAUCCAAUCCCAGAGGACCCAGACAGAUCACCGCUCUAACCCCUGACCUCCCCAGGGGUCGUUUGGACGCCAGCUCAAGGUCACAUGAUGGAGUGAUGAGAUGUAUUUUUCAGCUCUGUGUUUCUAACAAACUUCAGUGACAUGGACAGGUACAGUCAUAACUGUAAGACUGAGGAAAAGGCAAAUAACAGUCCUUACUCAGGACUGACUGCAGUGAGAUUGAGGCUUUGCAUUGUGCUUACCCAUAUUGAGCAGCAGUAUACCCCCCACUCUAACCAUGCAGCAAAUGUGUGGACUACUAGAGAACUGUGACUAGACUAGUCUUUCAAAUGAAUCGUUAAACGGGAGUCCUGAAUCUGUGGUCAUAGAAAAUUCCAUUGCAGUUAUUGCAAGAAUUUAGGGUGAUAACCCCAGUGUCUUGGCCAAAUUCUCAACCUGGCCCCAUUCAAUCAUGACCACCUAUUCAUCCCCCUGAUUCCCAAUUGGCAUAUAUCACUCCUCACCUCUCCACCAUGAUAGCUGAUGUAUGGUGAGUGUUCUGGCACAAAAUGGUUGCUGUGCAUCGCCCAAAUGGGUGCUACACAUUGGUAGUGGAAGAGGUGAGUUCCCCUCUUUAAUAUGUAAAGCAUUACACAAAUCCAAUCAAUCAAUUACUACUAGAGAAAUGUGUAUCUUUCGGUGUAGCUGCUCAGUCCUUAAUUAUAGUCUUGCAGUUCAGUCCCCCCCCCCCCCCC